AUGAGGCGAGGUCACGUGGCUCCGAGGACGACAAUUAUAGAAACAAUCAUCCGGAAAUUUGACACGCACAAUAGAAGUUUCCUCGUAGCAAAUGCUCAACCGGGUAGCUGUCACAUUAUUUACUGCAGCGAUGGAUUUUGUAAAAUGUCUGGAUUUUCAAGAGCCGAGGUCAUAGGGAGACCCUCCGUUUGCGAAUUUCUUCAUGGUCCUCUCACGUCUCAAUUGGCCGUUCAAUCGGUCAAACAAGCGUUCAAUACAUACGUUGAAAAACAUCAGCAAAUUUUAUAUUAUAGAAAAGACGGUAAGUUUUUCAUUAUUAUUAUUAUUGUUGUUGUCGUCCUCGUCGUCGACGUCGUCGCACGUGAACGUCACUUUCGAUUUUUAGGUUAA